GAUGCGACGCUUUUGCCCUCUCGCAACGAUGACGUCAAAAUAGCAGUUGGAAACCAGCUAUCUCUCCAGCUAGGAAAGCAUAACCGAUGAACAGAAGCUGUUAUCCAAUGAAAUUGUGUAUCCCUGUAAACAAACUCACGUUGUUCGAUAAGCGAAGGGAACUUGAACAUUAGCGUCUCGUUUUCGGUUAAAAUCAUGCAAAGAUCAAGUAAUUUCUCUGUGCGAGAAUUGGAAGUUCUUGUAAAUUCUCUUGAGAGUUACAAAGAACUUGUUAGUGGAGAAUUAGGAAAAUCAUACGCUAAUUUAAAUGAACAAAAAGAAGCAUGGAGUGAAAUUGCGGAGAUUCUGAACUCUGUUGGGUUAGGAGUCAAAAGGACCGGACAACAAGUAAAAAACAAGUGGAUUGAUUUGAAAAGCCGCACAAAAAAGAAGGCAGCGAAAAUAAAAAAUAAUCAUUUCGGUACAGGAGGAGGGCCAAGUACGAAUAUGAAACUUUCAUAUGUUGAAGAAAAAGUCCUUGCCCUGAUAGGGAAGACUUGCGUUGAAGGCAUCACCUCAUUAGAAUUUGAUACUAGUGCACAAUAUAUAAUAAAUGAACAAAGAAAACUGGAAGGAAAUACUUCAGAAAAUUCUGCGAUACAUACUCCAAGCCAACAGAAUACAGCAUUAGUUUUCACGCCACGUUCCUUGAAUAAUGACAACUGCAGACCACAAUAUCAUCAACAAAAUUUGGGAUCAUCUUCAGUAAACAAUUACAGAAUAUCUGAUGGAAGCAAUGAAAAUUUUGCAGUUAUAGAGAAUGAUGAAAUGCCUACUGGAAACUCUACAUCACAAUGGCAUUCUGCAGCUGAAACACCACAAUGGCAUUUAGGGAAACGAAAAAAUACAGGUUCUACAAUCAGAAAUAGAAGAAUGAGAGAGAAAAGGAAAAGAAUAGAAAUGGAGAAAAUUGAAGAUGAAGAAAAGGACAUCAUUCAGACUCAAAAAAAUAUCUGCAAUUUAUUAGCUCAGAUGCACAAUUUAUUUGAGAAAUCUGUAGAAAAUCAAAGAAUUUGUAUCGAAAAUCAAAGAAAAAUUAUUGAAAACGAACAUACAAUCAUAAAUAUCUUGAGAAAAUGAAUAAAAAAAAAUUUAAUAUAACUUUA